CUCCUACCCUUCGGCUUUUCCCUCUAUGCGCUGGACAGCGUUCUCGGAGACAUGUACCUGACUGGUUGGACAUGCCAUGAAAACGCCGACCAGGCGAGGAGGCGCUUCUGGGAUACCUUUUGCUCCAUUGCACAGCCGUCCCACGCGGAACGUCAGCAAAUGGAAGUGGCGAGGCUGGUCGGUAUCCUCUUCCGGUACGGCACGCCGGUCAGCAGUGGAUUCCCUGGCAUGCUGGGUAUCAGGGGCGAGGAUGAUGGCUCUCUUGCGUUCCUCGAGGCGUUCAUUUGACCACGGUUGGGUGGAGUAAACAGCAUGGCCGCGUUACGAUGGGCUGUGUCUCUAUUUGAGAGAUUGGCUGGGAAUGUUACAAAAGGGAGCAGACGCCGCUGGCCUGCGGCUGGAUGCAUACAUUCAAGAGGCAUCUUUUCACUGUGGGAGCUCCAAAUUGCAGAUUGUACAAAGAUGGUCUCUCAACCGCCCUUCCUCUUACCCAUUGAAGUGAUAUGCAUGAAAUCAAAUACUAGUAUCCGUACUUUUGAUGUAUUACUAGUACUUUUGUCUCCCCACUACAGGUACAGUCAGGGGCCAAAUGUAUACGAACGAACAUACAGUACACACUAUAACACUAGGUUUUUAAAAAGCUAUAUGUUUUUUUAAACAUUUUAUAAAAAUAUAGAUUAGUAAUAUAUAUAUAUUUAAAUAUAAAGAAAAAAUAUAUAUAAUUUUUUUAUUA